GAGGGAGCAAGGAAAAGAAAAAAGUCUGAUAACGAAAAGCAAAAGCAAAACUAAUACAUUUUUACAAUAAGAAUUCGAAACACGAUCGUCAACAACUAAAAACAACAAAUAACAUUUUCAAACAUAUCCACGAAUGGGACACACAUGAUAUAGUAGUAGGAAUUAAGAAGAAAGGAUCGCACAUCAUCAAACAGAAUACUAUAGAGCAUUAUUUAUUUUCUCAAUAGACGAAGAAGAGACCAAACUGUCAAUCUUCUGAUUGUCCGUUAAGUUAACAUAGAAUAUAGUAAAUAGUCCUCAUCAUCAUCAUCAUCGACGUCAAUUGUAAUCAUGACGUUUAUAAGCUUUACACGUAAAAUGCGCGGACGCAUGCGUUCAAAUACCUGCCGUAUUGUCCUAUUAACCUCUUUAGCCUGGGUCAUUUUUGAUUUUGUGCUAAUUGCCCGAUAUUCAGAUUGCAUAGGCAAGGAUGGCUGGCGGUGUAAAAGAGCUGGCGAAUAUGAUGUUGAGCUACCCAAUGCUGAGCGUUUGGUAGACGAUAAUCAAUUAGUGGAUGAUAAUGAAAUAAAUACAGAAAAGUCAUUAGAUGGUGAUCCAUCGGCGGGUAGCGCUUUAAUAAUGGGUCAAGGCUUUGCACCAGGCGGCAUCUCAAUGACCUAUCGCAGUGUGGUACUGAAAAAGUGGUUCCAAGCCCCCACAGUGCGUGAACAACAUGGCCAACCUGGCGAAAUGGGGAAGCCAGUGAAAAUACCCGCAGACAUGAAGGAAGUGAUGAAAGAGAAAUUCAAAGAGAAUCAAUUCAAUCUAUUGGCCAGUGAUAUGAUCUCAUUAAAUCGUUCCCUAACAGAUGUGCGACACGAAAACUGUCGUCGCAAGCAUUAUGCCUCAAAAUUACCAACCACCUCAAUCGUCAUAGUGUUUCACAAUGAGGCCUGGACCACUCUAUUGCGCACUGUAUGGAGUGUUAUCAAUCGAUCGCCACGAUCAUUGCUUAAAGAAAUUAUCUUGGUGGACGAUGCCAGUGAGAGAGAUUUCCUUGGCAAAAAAUUGGAAGACUAUGUGGCCAAAUUACCAGUAAGGACUUUUGUUUUGCGUACCGAGAAACGUUCAGGUUUGAUACGUGCUCGUCUCCUGGGUGCUGAGCAUGUAACAGGUGAAGUGAUUACCUUUUUGGAUGCACAUUGUGAGUGCACUGAGGGUUGGCUGGAACCACUUUUAGCCAGAAUUGUACAAAAUCGUCGCACUGUCGUCUGUCCCAUCAUUGAUGUUAUCUCGGAUGAGACAUUUGAGUAUAUCACAGCGUCCGAUUCAACAUGGGGUGGCUUCAAUUGGAAGCUAAACUUUAGAUGGUACCGAGUGCCAUCCCGUGAAAUGGCUCGUCGGAAUAACGAUCGAACUGCUCCACUCCGUACACCUACUAUGGCAGGUGGACUCUUCUCCAUCGAUAAGGAUUACUUCUAUGAGAUUGGCUCCUAUGACGAAGGCAUGGACAUUUGGGGUGGCGAGAAUCUGGAAAUGUCAUUCCGUAUAUGGCAAUGUGGAGGAAUUUUAGAAAUUAUCCCCUGUUCUCAUGUGGGCCAUGUGUUUCGUGAUAAAUCGCCGUAUACCUUUCCCGGCGGUGUGGCCAAAAUUGUGCUACAUAAUGCGGCCCGUGUGGCCGAGGUGUGGCUGGACGAGUGGCGUGAUUUCUAUUAUGCAAUGAGCACAGGUGCUCGGAAGGCUUCAGCUGGCGAUGUGAGUGAUCGUAAGAAUCUACGAGAACGUCUCAAAUGUAAAAGUUUCCGUUGGUAUCUGGAGAAUGUAUAUCCCGAGAGUUUGAUGCCCUUGGAUUACUAUUAUCUGGGCGAGAUACGCAAUUCGGAAACGGAAACCUGUUUGGAUACCAUGGGCCGUAAAUAUAAUGAAAAAGUGGGCAUUAGCUAUUGCCAUGGACUCGGUGGCAAUCAGGUGUUUGCCUAUACCAAGCGUCAGCAAAUCAUGUCAGAUGAUUUGUGUCUAGAUGCAUCUAGUUCCAAUGGGCCAGUCAAUAUGGUUCGUUGUCACAAUAUGGGUGGCAACCAGGAGUGGGUCUAUGAUGCAGAGGAGAAAUGGAUACGUCACACAAAUACGGGUCAGUGCUUACAGCGUGCCACACGAGAUGAUGCAAAUACGCCAUUAUUGCGACCCUGUGAUUAUAGCAAGGGUCAACAAUGGCUUAUGGAAUCGAAAUUCAAGUGGCAGGCCCACUAGCUGCUAAACUAAACUAAACAACACUAACUAAUCUAAAAAAACAAAACAAAAACAAAAAACAACCUAACAAGAUUCAACUCUAAACUAUGAACUUCCAAUUUUGUGUUGAUUUAAAGCAUUUUCGUUUACUUAGCCUUAGGUUUAUAAUUUGAUCAUUAUUUCAGUGUGACAAUGAUUGUAAAUGUUUAUGUGUGAGUGUGUGUGUUUUGCGUAUCAGAGUGUGUGCUUAACGCAUAAUGUCUUCCCAAUUUGAUCUGUGUGUAUGAAUGAGUUUAGUUAUAUAUAUAUAUAUAUAUAUAUCCAACAUAUAUAUAAAGAUAAUAAUGUAAUGUACAUUUAUAAAGCGUCGACCAAGUACCAAUAAAUUGGCAUUUAAAUGACA